AUGCGGGGUGCAGACAUUAAUGGACUUGAAGCCAAAAUACAGAAACAUUACGUCGCCAGCUUGUAUGAAUCUGGAGAAGAUUACGGUCAUGGAAUGUUGGACUUGAACACCUUCAUCCAGAAGAACCAAUGCGAAUGUUUGAACGAAUCGAACGACCACCCGAUGGUGAAUGCGCUCAGUUUCAGCGGUGGUCAUCUGGUGUCCGAUUGUAACGAACAGUUGAUCAUUUCGAUUACCUUCAAUCAGCUGGUCAAAAUCAGUGCCAUCAAGUUCAAAGCAUCGCCCUCUCACGCACCGAAAAAAGAUAGGGAGCGGGAUGUGAGAUACGACUUCAGCCAAUCCACAUAA